GGCCUGCGGGGGCCUUGUCGGGGAGCGCUCAGGCCGGAGGCGCCAGUUGUGGGGAGCGAGGGCCGAGGGAGCGGACCGGACUAAGACAGUUGCAGAGCAAAAGAGGUGCCCAGAAGUGAUUUCUUUCUGGACGUUAAAAGUCCAACCUCGGAGUGACCUUUUCGGGAAUUGACCGGCAGCUGGGAAUAAGGGAUUCCCGAGGAAGAUUUCAAAAUGGCUUCUAUAUUGAGUCAGUCUUUCAGAAACCUCCCCACUACGGCAAAAUGGGUCCUCAAGUUCUCCGCAAGACCGUUAAGUUGUUCCUUUCAGCUCCAAGCACCAGCGGUACAGACCAAAACCAAGAAGACUUUAAGCAAACCUAAUGUGAAGAACGUUGUGGUCGUAGAUGGUGUUCGCAUUCCAUUUUUGUUGUCUGGAACUUCAUAUAAGGACCUGAUGCCUCAUGAUCUGGCCAGAGCAGCACUUACAGGAUUAUUGCAUCGUACCAAUGUCCCAAAGGAAGUCGUUGACUACAUUGUCUAUGGCACAGUUAUCCAAGAAGUGAAAACAAGCAAUGUUGCUAGAGAAGCUGCCCUUGGAGCUGGUUUCUCUAAUAAGACCCCGGCCCAUACAGUCACCAUGGCUUGCAUCUCUUCCAAUCAGGCCAUGACUACUGGUUUUGGUAUGAUUGCUGCUGGCCAGUGUGAUGUGGUCGUAGCAGGAGGUGUGGAGUUAAUGUCUGACGUGCCCAUCCGUCAUUCUAGGAAGAUGAGAAAGCUGAUGCUUGACCUUAACAAGGCCAAGUCCCUGGGUCAGAAACUAUCUAUGGCCUCCAAAUUCAGAAUGGAUUUCCUUGCACCAGAGCUCCCAGCCGUGGCCGAGUUUUCUACCAGUGAGACCAUGGGGCAUUCUGCAGAUCGGCUGGCAGCUGCGUUUUCGGUCUCACGUUCAGAACAAGAUGAGUAUGCCAUGCGGUCUCACAGCCUUGCUAAGAAAGCCCAGGAUGAAGGCCUCCUUACUGACAUCGUAUCAUUCAAAGUACCAGGGAAAGACACAGUUACUAAAGAUAAUGGGGUUCGUCCUUCCUCAAUGGAGCAGAUGGCCAAACUGAAGCCUGCUUUUGUCAAACCUUAUGGCACUGUCACUGCCGCUAACAGUUCUUUCCUGACUGAUGGUGCCUCUGCAAUGUUAAUUAUGUCGGAGGAAAAGGCUCUGGCUAUGGGAUAUAAACCAAAGGCAUAUUUGAGGGAUUUUGUAUAUGUGUCACAGGAUCCAAAAGAUCAGCUCUUGCUUGGACCAACAUAUGCUACUCCAAAAGUACUGGAAAGAGCAGGUCUAACGAUGAAUGAUAUUGAUGUAUUUGAAUUUCAUGAAGCUUUCUCUGGUCAGAUUUUAGCCAACAUGAAAGCAAUGGAUUCUGAUUGGUUUGCACAAAAUUACAUGGGCAGAAAAUCCAAGGUUGGAGCCCCUCCCUUGGAGAAGUUUAAUAAUUGGGGUGGAUCCCUGUCUUUGGGACAUCCCUUUGGAGCUACUGGCUGCCGGUUGGUUAUGGCAGCUGCCAACAGAUUAAAGAAAGAGGGUGGACAGUAUGGUGUGGUGGCUGCCUGUGCAGCUGGAGGACAGGGCCAUGCCAUGAUUGUGGAAGUGUACCCCCAGUAAAGAAAUAUCACAAAGGAUCUGCAAGUGUCCCCCACUAAGCAAUGCCAUUCCAAUGCACUAAUAAAGAGAGACAUCUGUAGUUCCUCGCUUAUUAUAGGAAAGCAGGUUUUGAGGUCUUUUGUUGAAUAUCUUCUAGCGCAGGCAUCAUUAAGAAUUUUGUUUGGCUAUACCUUUUUUCGGGUGGGAGGCCCGGGGAUGGGUGCCUGGGGGAGGAGGCUAAAGCUUCGUGCUUACUCCAGAGCAGCAGCUUUUACUGGUUCCACAGAAGUGACUUCAUCUCCCUUGUCUGGGUUCUCCCCCGCCACUGUUUCUAUCACUCAGCCCUGGCCACUUGAUAGAGGAAAGCUUCAGGGACACGGGAUAGUAAGGACACUAUAGCCUAAAUGGAGCCCGGAGCUGGCUCUGGAGUGUCGGUCAGGGCUUGCCAAUGCCUUUUCUAGCUAAUCCUUGCCACUGUUCUGAGCUUUCAGUAAUUUGGGCUUCCUGCUUUUUUCAGGGAUUUCUCAGCUGACCAGAAUCUAACUGUAAGGUGCCUUGGUUUCUCCCACCCCACCCCAGCCCUUCUAAACUUUAAUAAGCAAUUACAGUUUUGAAAAGCAGAGCACUGUGGCCUGAAUAGCCCAUGUAGCAACCUCGAAGUCUACAAGAUGUGGAUUUUAAAGUUAAUUUUGUCCUACAGUUCAAGUCUUUUUUCUUCUAAUAUCAUUCACAAACCAAGGUGCCUGAACUAAUUUUUGUAGUGGGAAGAACAGUGAAAGGAUGCUGAAAUCAGCAGUAAGUGUUCAUAUACUUGUUGGCCUCUUUUGUCAACCUUAAUAAAUUGGAGUAUUUAGAGACUGGAUGAUUUCAUUGACUGAAGGGGAGGUGCUGCCCUAUAGGGAGAAGUCUGGUUUUUUAUUUUUUCAAAAAACAACUUCCACUUCAGUGAACAUUGAAGAGCUGUUGCUAAGGUAUUAGAGAGAUUACCCUCUUUUGAAGUAUAUUUCUGAUUGGAACGGUGCCUGUUGCACAACUAAACUAACGUUAGCUCACCUUUUGAGAGACUUCUGAAUAAAUGCAGCCAAUGGAUUUUGACUGGCAUGUGAGAAAAGACCUUUGAUCUAGAGCAACAUAUUUAGACCAAGCUUCCUUGUACUCCUUUACAGCUAGCUAGUUUUGCAAAAUGGAGUGUUAUGUGAUGUGCUGAAAGCUUUGAGCUUGAUGUUACUUAGACCUGUAAAGUCCUCCUUUACCUCCAGUCAGAAAAUAGGCAAGGGGGAGUGGAGACGAGCAAGGAAUUUAAGGUGGUAACUUCACGCCACUUCUAUGCUGACUGGAGCAAGUCGCUCAGUGAAAUACAGCAACGUUUAAUGGGCUAGUGUUGUGCUUAUCCUUGUGGUGCCUUUUUAAUACGAUUUUUCACCUGGAAUUGUCUUUUCAAAAAUGCUUUCUUCCUGGCCUACUGUGUGGCUCAUUAGGGGUCUGAGAAUCAGAAAUAAUGCUGAGGGCAAGGGGGGAGGUCCGAGCUUGAUAAUAAGGUGGAAAAUGAAAGAAUAAAGACUAGAAGGAGUAUCCCAAGAAGAAAUGAACCAAGUUGGGCAAGAAAAGGGCAAAGAAUAUGAAAAUAAAGGAACAUAGACUAUAUCCCAAAGGGGUGGGGGGGUGUCUUAAGCAAAAAAAAGGAAAAUCGACUUGUGUGAUCUCCUUUCUUUGAGAGGCAGCCAACUCUUUCCUGCCACUAUUCCCUCCAUCCUACUGGUGGACGUCACUUGGGGGUCACCUGGAGAUAUGACCCCCUCCCUCCUAGUUAAAGAGAAAGAGCAUUCCCAAGCUACUUAGGGUGCCUCCAAAUUAGAAUCAUGUCUGUGGAAUAGUCACCCCAUAUCCUGCUUACUGGACCAACCUUUCUCCCCUAACCCUCCUCCCAACCUUCCCCAGGGAAAACUCCAGUGACUUUAGGAUUACAGACAGGGGAAGCUCCCUAUAGCAGUCCUCCAGCCUGCUAUCACCCUGGCCCCGAGGAUGUGAAAUCACUGCAACUUAGAAUUGUUCCCUUCAAAAAUUGUUCUAGUAAUUAAUAGGAAUCAGUCUUUUAUAGCAUUUUAUCUAUCCACCUCCUGCAGGGAGACUAAAAAUGUUGAGAAAUGGACAGAUAAGAGGAAUUGGGUGAAAAGUCAAUGGGAAUCAGACCAAUCCUCAAUAACAAGUUCAUACUAGAAGAAGAAACCACAGAUGGUGAAAUUCACUUCUGGGUGCAGGUAUGAGAUAUCCCAUCAUAAAAGGGAUUUGCAUUUGAAUUAUUUUUCAUCAGGUUUAUGGAUUCUCUUGUUUUAUGAAAGGCAUGGAAACUCAGCUCUGGGUAAAGUGAGAUAAUCACCACUGUUUCAGUAGGACACCUUGCCCCCAACUCUUUAGAGUUGGACCUACUCUUCAAAACAGGGAAGAAUUGAGAAAGUAACUUGUACUAGGUCUAAAUUAUUGUUAUUGACACCUGUAUUUGAACAAAGCUUCCACUCAGUGGUUUGGGGAAUAAUUCUCCAGCAUCCACAACUUCCUUUGCCCAGCUAUUGCACUAGCUCAUAAUCUUUACAUGUAAUCAAAAUGUCAAUUUCUUCUUAUUUUUCUCCUUGGUUACAUCAUUUAACCUUCUUAAUCAUCUCUCUUCUCCAAGUUCUCUAUAUACCUUGCAUUAUGGAACAUAAACAUAACCAUCCUCAACCAUUCGGCUACGUGGUGGAAGACAAUAAAAUAAUUGACGUCUG